AGUUUCGACAGGGGAAACCGUAAAACGGUGGAGCUUGUCUUGUUAGCUCUCUCAAUCCAAACUCCCAUAAAAACCUCUCUCCUUAUCUCGUUUUCUCAUUUUCUCAUUCAAUCUCUGUUUUUUCCAUAUGGGAUUCGCAACCCUCCAUUCACCCACUUUCAUGGCCGAUUUCAUCCGCCAGUCCGGCGGCUACGCGGUUAUUGACGGCGGCCUUGCCACCGAGCUCGAGCGUCACGGCGCCGACCUCAAUGACCCUCUCUGGAGCGCCACAUGCCUCAUUCAUUCUCCUGACCUUAUCAGGAGGGUGCACCUAGAUUACCUUGAAGCAGGGGCAAGUAUCAUAAUAACAGCAUCUUAUCAGGCUACUAUUCAGGGCUUUGAGGCCAAAGGCUUGUCUAGAGAAGAAGCCGAAGUUUUGCUAAGGAGAAGCGUUGAAAUUGCAUGCGAGGCAAGGGAUAUUUAUCAUGAGAGAUGUGCCAAGGGCACUUGUCUAGAGCAGCGUCCAAUCUUAGUUGCAGCUUCUGUUGGCAGCUACGGGGCUUAUCUGGCUGAUGGAUCCGAGUAUAGUGGGCACUAUGGUGCUGCAGUUACUCUGGAAACUUUGAAAGAUUUUCACAGGAGACGGGUCCAGGUUCUAGCUGAGUCAGGUGCUGACUUGAUUGCAUUUGAAACAAUUCCAAAUAAGCUAGAAGCAAAGGCCUAUGCAGAACUUCUUGAUGAAGAAAACAUAAAGAUUCCAGCAUGGUUUUCAUUCACUUCUCUGGAUGGAAUCAAUGUGGUUAGUGGUGAUUCUUUGAUAGAGUGUGCCUCAAUUGCAGAUUCAUGCAAGCAAGUUGUUGCAGUUGGAAUCAACUGCACCCCUCCUAGAUUUAUUCAUGGACUGAUUUUAUUGAUUCAGAAGGUAUGUUAUGCCAGGUUUAUGCUCUUUUUACAAGGACUAAUUUUCAAAAUAGAUAUGGUAACUCUGUUUCCUUCUCCAAAUGCCUGUGAAAAGUUGAAAGACAGUUUUUCUGCUCUUAUUCUUAUCAGUAUGUAUCUUUCCAUACUACUACUCUAUGAAGAGGACUCUUUUCAUUAUGGUGAAUGCAACUCAGAUAGGAGGAAAAGAGAUGAAACUCAGAUAUGAGUUUUUAAAUUUUAUUCUCUCUCCUUACAGCUUUCUACCUUUUCAAAUACUUGGCUUCUUAUCGGCUAUUUAAUCCUGCAGGUAACAACUAAACCAGUAGUCAUAUAUCCAAACAGCGGUGAGACUUAUGAUGGAGUACGAAAGGAGUGGGUGGUGAGUUUCCUCUUUCCUUGGUUUUAUUUCGUUCAAAUUUUGAAUUGAGCUCAAACCUGGCCACUAGUGCUCAUCUUCUCUGGCCCCUCUGAAUAUUGGCUUGCGAGUCUAGAUCCUGGGUAAUGGGUAAUGGUUAGUAAUAGAUGUUUUAUUUGUUCCCAAGUUAAUUAUCCUUGAAGUGGCUCAUAUUUGCCUGCAUUAUCAACUGCCACACAUUCUGUUUUGGUUCUAUUUCAUACUAACAUAUAGUUUUGAAGCAUUCAUAAAAUUCAGAAACUAGAUAUGCUCAACUACGAUCAUCGAUCAUCCUGCAAUCUUAGCACCAGUCUGAUCGACCUGACAUGUUAACUUUCAAGUCCAUUGUCUUAUGUUUAGCAUGUAAUCUGAUGUAUGUUUUGUGUUGCAGAAAUCAAGUGGAGUUCAAGAUGGAGACUUUGUAUCCUAUGUGAGCAAGUGGCGUGAAGCUGGGGCUUCCCUUUUUGGAGGCUGCUGCAGGACUUCUCCCCACACUAUAAGGGCCAUAUCUAUGACUCUCUCCAGCUAUCUGCAGUGACCAUCCUUGUGUUCAAGACUGCCUUAGACAAAGAUGUAAAUGUUUAACCCAUGUUGAGAAAAUGCGGCUUCAAAUCCAGCUUCCAACCACUAAUGGAAGUUAGCCUUGUAGAGAACUUGAAUAAAUCUGAAGUUAAUAAAUAAAAGUGUCUUUGGGUUUGCAUA